AUGGUUCUUCCAAACGAUGUCGAUUUGCUCAACCCACCAGCAGAGUUGGAGAAGAGGAAGCACAAGCUCAAGCGUUUGGUUGCUUCUCCAAACUCUUUCUUCAUGGAUGUGAAAUGUCAAGGUUGCUUUAACAUAACAACCGUGUUUAGCCACUCCCAGACUGUGGUUGUGUGUGGAAAUUGCCAGACCGUCUUGUGCCAGCCAACUGGUGGACGUGCUAGGCUCACAGAGGGAUGUUCUUUCAGGAGAAAGGGUGAUUGA